GCCCGCCUUCCUGAGCUCAAUAGCCUGUACGAUUGGCCAGCUGCCCCGCCUCUCACCGGAGGGGGCGCCAGGUGAAUGAAAGGGGGGCGUGUCGGUGCGCGUAGCUUGGUGGUGGCGGCGCUGCUGGAACCCGGUGGAAGAGAUACAGGCCGCUUCAGAGCAGCCGCAGCAGCUGGUGGCGAUAUGGAGAUGCAGUCCUAUUAUGCCAAGCUCCUGGGGGAGCUGAAUGAACAGCGGAAGAGGGACUUUUUCUGUGACUGCAGCAUCAUCGUGGAAGGGCGCAUCUUCAAGGCCCACAGGAACAUCUUGUUUGCCAACAGCGGCUACUUCCGAGCCCUGCUCAUUCACUAUAUCCAGGACAGCGGGCGGCACAGCACCGCCUCCUUGGACAUCGUCACCUCCGACGCCUUCUCCACCAUUUUAGAUUUCCUUUAUUCCGGGAAGUUGGAUUUGUGUGGGGAGAAUGUGAUUGAAGUCAUGUCAGCCGCCAGCUACCUGCAGAUGAACGACGUGGUGAACUUCUGCAAGACAUAUAUCCGGUCGUCCCUUGAUAUUUGCCGAAAGAUGGAGAAGGAGGCCGCUGUGGCCGCAGCGGUGGCCGCAGCCGCAGCAGCAGCAGCAGCAGCAGCAGCAGCAGCAGCGGCAGCUCAUCAGGUCGACAGUGAGAGCCCCAGUUCAGGCAAGGAGGGGACCUCCUGUGGCACCAAGAGCUUGCUGUCCUCUCCAGCCAAGGGAGAAGAGAGUGUGGACCCGAGAGAAUCCCCUUGCGAUGACUGCGGGGACUGCCACCCCUUGGAACUGGUGGUGAAAGACAGCCAGAGUGGAGGCUCCACUGAUAGUGACUUCGCCACUCUGCCCAAACGGGUAGAGCCCAAGGUAGAAUUCGAUGCCGCUGAAGUGGAGGUGGAGGUGGGUGAACAGCUGCAGCAGUAUGCCGCCCCCCUGAGUCUGGCCCACAUGGAGGAAGCCUUGCCCAGCGGCCAGGCCAUGGACUUGGCUUACAGUAACUACCACGUGAAGCAGUUCCUAGAGGCGCUCUUGCGCAACGGUGCUGUCCCGAGCAAAGACGAGGCAGACCAUCACUUCCCUCGGGGUUUGGAGGGAAGACCGGAAGGUGCAGGGGUAGCUAUGAGUUCCAUGAUGGACGUCCAGACUGACUGGUAUGGAGAGGACUCAGGUGACGUGUUGGUCGUCCCCAUCAAGCUGCACAAGUGUCCUUUCUGCCCUUACACUGCCAAACAGAAGGGCAUCCUCAAGCGGCACAUCCGCUCGCACACUGGCGAGCGGCCCUACCCGUGCGAGACCUGCGGGAAGAGGUUCACCAGGCAGGAGCACCUGCGGAGCCACGCCCUGAGCGUACACAGAUCUAACCGCCCAAUCAUAUGCAAGGGCUGCAGAAGAACCUUCACUAGCCACCUUUCUCAGGGGCUGCGGCGCUUCGGGUUGUGUGACAGCUGCACCUGUGUUUCAGACACUCAUGAUGACGAUGACGAUUUGAUGCCCAUCAACCUUAGCCUUGUGGAGGCGUCAUCUGAAAGCCAAGAGAAGAGUGACACAGACAAUGACUGGCCAAUCUAUGUGGAGUCUGGCGAGGAGAACGACCCCACCGGAGAAGAUUCUGAUGACAAACCACAAAUUCGAUCCAAUGCAUCAGAGCGGGAGACACUGACAUAGCAAUAAAUGGGUGGGGAAGACAUCUUAGAAUGCAUUCUUGCUCAUUCUGCGGCAAAAGCCCCCAUUGGUUCAAUAUUGAGCAACCCUGGGAGGAACUUUUUUUUUUCAUUGUGAUUAUAAUUGCAUUUUUGUUAGGCUACCCGGUAGAGGCCAAAUUUUUUUAUUUAAGACUGAUAACUUUAAAAAUUUUAUUUUUAUUUUAUUCAUUUAUUUAUAUGUGGUGCUGAGAAUUGAACCCAGUGCCUCACAUAUUUGAGGCAAGUGCUCUACCACUAAGCCACAACCCCAGCCCAAGACUGAUAACUUUUUAGUGUGGUACCCUCCAUUUCUGAGGGCUUUGCUGACCACUCCUUAAUUCUGAGUGAAUUGAGGGUAGCCCAAAGUUUUCCUGUUUUUCCUGCUGUGCAUCCAACCUCUGGUUAAGAGGAAGAUAAGAAAAUCCAGAUGCUUGUUUUCACAUUGUCCCAAUCCUCUGCAUCCCUUUUUUAACAUCCUUUUUCUCCAGUAGGCAGGACUACAUUAAGUCUUGGGAUCAGUCUUCCCUUUGUCAAGCCUGUCCUAAAGAUUUCCACAUUUUAAUUUUCUGGCAAUGUAUUAAAGGGAAUGUUUCUUUGAUAUAAAAAAGACUGACUGAAUGAUCAUAAAAGGUACUCCAAAACUA